GGUGGAGUGGUGGGUCCCAGGAUUGAAAUUCAAUCGCUCUGCUUUUAUUCCUCCUCUCUCUUCCCCCCAGAGCUGCCAGGGAAAGGGAAAGGAGAGGGAGAGAAAACCGCGAUUGGGAAGGUCGAUAAGGAAGGGCAGGGAAAGGAGGACGGUGGAAGACCGACUUACUUGAUGAAAGAGCGAGGGAAUUGGGCUGGUGGAAGGAGGAGAGAGAUAGAAAGAUAGAUAAGAGGAGUGGAGGGUAUAGUGGGGGGUGGAGAGAGAGAGAUAAGGAAGGGAGUGGGUCAUACUGGAGGCAGAAAAAUAGAGGUGAAUGUGUUCGAAUGAAGAGAGCAAAGCGGGGCACGCAGGGCUUUGAUCCCAAGUUCUGCUGAGCGCCAGAGAUCUGAUUCUGUAGGGUAUGAACCCAAGAAAGACUAUAAAGUUUCCUGCCGCCAAUGAGCCGAUAAGGGGCUGCCUUCCUCCUCCUCCUCUUCCUCCUCCUGAAUCUGCUUAACCCGUAGGAGAUACCUCUGGCCAACACCAGUAACCAGGUAAGACCGUGGCGCCAUGACAUUGUUGCUCCUGUGCAAGAUGGCCUUAGGGAGAUGAGGGAGGCUUGUCCUCAAAAAUCUGUUCCUCUGGAUUCCCUACCCCUCUCUGCCUUUUGAACAUGGGUGGGUGGGAACCAAGGAAUAAUAAUAAUAAUAAUAAUAAUAAUAAUAAUAAAUUUAUUAUUUAUACCCUGCCACUCUGGGCUGCUUCCAACAGAACACUAAAAUACAAUAAUCUAUUAAACGUUAAAAGCUUCCCUAAAGGAAGGGGCAGGUUUUGUGGGGCAAGCAGUUAUCUUCUAGUUGUGCCUCCUUCCUGCCUUGUUUGAGAAGAAGAGCAUCUUAACAGAGAACAGUCCCUGUCUUCAGGUCAGUCUCCUGCCUCUGUGGGCCCAGGACCGAAGAUUCCUGAAGGAUAAGGCUAUCAAGGGAUGCUAGCAUUGAUGGGAAUGCUCUCCCUCCACUGUUGUGCCUCUGAAUGCCAAGUGGGGAGAGUUGCUGGGCCUUGGGGGGCUUCCCCCUGGGGCAUCUGGUUGGCCACUGUAGGAACAGGUUCUGUAGGGCUAGAUGCAGAAUCUCUGGACGCCACAGUGUCCUCAGAGGAUGCUCCUGAGGCAUAGCAAUGUCUCCGCUGCCUAUCAACCUCUCUACAUCGGUGGCCCCACGCUAGGUAUUUUGGACUCUGCAGCUUUCCCUAGGCAAUGCUCCUCUGGAUCUAGGAUUGCCAAUGUCUCUCUGUGUGUGUUUUAAACUGGACUUCUUCCUGUGCUGUGCAGAAUGGAAGCAGGUGGAUUCCUUCCCCAAUCCCCCGUCAUGGAAUAAUGGAGAAAGCUGCUUCUUCUUUUGCUAUGUUUGGCUGCUGUUUCAAUAGCAGAGGAGCAAGGGUGGGGUGGGGAGUUGGCAACUUAGCUAGGUCUGCCGUGCUUCCUCACCACAGCACCUCCUCUUUACCACUGGCCCUGAACGGGUUAAAACGCCUUUUAGCACAAGCUCUUUCCGACUGCUGGGUGUGUCGGGGUUAUGCAUGCGGGGACACACACACACACACACACACACACACACACGGACCCCUGUGACUGAUGCAAAAUAUGUUUCCUCGCCCCCGCCACCAGCUGCCCCAGCGCCUUUUGUCUCAGCUGCUGCGUCCAAAUGCCAGUGGAUGAAUAAAUAACAAGAGCUAAUGGCAGCCUCCAGCUAUUUCCACCCCACAGCCCUCUCUCUGCACCCCCUGCCCCACCCAGCCCUCAGAGAAGAUAGGCCCACUUUUAGCCGUGGUCAGGGACCUACAUCCCUCGCACUGCGGGCUACCCAACAAAGAUGAGACCAUGCCUUGGGUCGGGGUGUGUGUGUGGCUCUGGGCAUAUCAACAGGCGGAUUGAACUCGCUGUUGGCUGGCCUAGCCUCCUGUCACUCCCAGGGUCUGGUCAGCCAGCUCAUCCAGGGGCUUUGCGUUUCCGUUGGCUGCACUGCUAAAGUCGCACUGCAAGCUUUGGCCAAUUAACCACUGGCAGACUGAUGGGUGUAUCCCUGAUUCAUCGGUGAGGCUGCUAGCACUUAAAAAGACUCAGAAAGGGCUGGCUCUGUGCAGGCCACAGGUAUGAUCUGCGCCAGGUUCAGUCCCCAGCACCUCCAAGUAUAGCGCUGCCUGAAAACCUGGAGAGUCACUCAGUGUAGACAGUUCUGAGGUACUUGGACGAAUGGCCUGAGUCAAUAUAAGGUACCUUCCUAUGGUUGUAUGCACUGUAUAAAUGCCAAAAGUUGGCAUAACACAUUAUGAAGGAGACACAUUGCCUGGAUGUCCUUUCUUGGGCACACUAGAAUGUUUUGGGAUAACCUGACGUUCAACGCUCCAGUUUUGAUGAAGAAUCUUGGGGAGCGUUUCCCCUCUUAUUUUGGCGCACAAACAAAAUACAGUAGUACCUCGGGUUAAGUACUUAAUUCAUUCCGGAGGUCCGUUCUUAACCUGAAACUGUUCUUAACCUGAAGCACCACUUUAGCUAAUGGGGCCUCCCAUUGCCGCCGCACCGCGGCCGCACAAUUUCUGUUCUCAUCCUGAAGCAAAGUUCUUAACCUGAGGUAAUACAGUAUUUCUGGGUUAGCGGAGUCUGUAACCUGAAGCGUAUGUAACCCGAGGUACCACUGUACAGCUGCAACUGUAUGUAAUUUCACAUUUACCUACCAUAGAUGGCAGGAGCCUGUCUUAAAUCCUGUGUUUAUAUGGCGUCAGACACAGCUGCGGGGUGAUAGAAAUAAUAACAUUAGUAGGAGCUGGUGCAGCCCGGUGGCUAAAAGGCUGGGCUACAAAUCAGGAAAUCCGCCCGGUUUGAAUCUGCCUCAAGCUCACUUGAUGGCCUGAGGUAAACUCCUCCCCAUCGCGCUCAGUUCUUCCCUUCCGCAGUAUUGAGGGGGGACCUACUUUACAGGGUUGUUGUAAAGGUUGCAACUGGAUACUACAUGUGCAUUGAACUCUCAACAGUGCUAUGCGAAUGCUAAAUGAGCUUAUUACCCAUAAUAAUACUUUAGUUCCUAAACUCCCUAUCCCUACAGACCACCUGAAAAUUGCUGAAGGUCUUGGCAGAGGAUUUAAUGAUUUGACUGCCUUGUGGAGCAAUUGUAACGUUCUAGAUGCUCUGCGAUUUAUGUUGAUUGAAUCGGGAUGAAACUUCCUAAUUCUAGCCCUGCAUUCACUUCACUGCUGAUCCUCUCCCCUCCUUUCAAGUGCCUCUUCCAUACCUACCUGUCUCUGAUCCAUCCCACUCACACCUUCUGGGCAGAGGUUGGGUGGCCACCUGUCUUGGGUCCUUUUGUUGAGGUUCUUGCAUUGCAGGGGGUUGGACUAGAUGACCCUUGGGGUCCCUUCCAACUCUCCGAUUCUUUGAUUCUAUGGACUGCCGGGAGCAACUGCGUCUGCCAUUUACAGACACUGCUCCUUCUGUUCUUCACUGCCCCAUUGCAGAGUAGCUGAAUGAAGCUUACAGACCAUUAAUGGCCCAUGGAGCACAGUUGGAGAAUCCCUGCUUUAGAGAAGGUGCCGUCUUCAUUGUGGGUUUUGCAAUACAGUAAGCCUGCAACUUGGGAUGCGGGUGGCACUGUGGGUUAAACCACAGAGCCUAGGGCUUGCUGAUCAGAAGGUCGGCGGUUUGAAUCCCCACGACGGGGUGAGCUCCCAUUGCUUGGUCCCUGCUCCUGCCAACCUAGCAGUUCGAAAGCAUGUCAAAGUGCAAGUAGAUAAAUAGGUACUGCUCCGGCGGGAAGGUAAAUAGCGUUUCCGUGCACUGCUCUGGUUCGCCAGAAGUGGCUUAGUUAUGCUGGCCACAUGACCUGGAAGCUGUAGGCCGGCUCCCUUGGCCAAUAAAGCAAGAUGAGCGCCGCAACUCCAGAGUUGGCCACGACUGGACCUAAUGGUCAGGGUUCCCUUUACCUUUUUAAGCCUGCAACUUACACAAGGGUUAUAUUCCAGGGAUCGCCAAAAUCAUAUAUAGUGAAAACAUGUUGGCUUCAAUGGUGUGUGGGAUUGCCAAAGUCUUUAUUCCCAGAUUCCUGCUCCCUUUCCUCCCCGCUUUUAAAAAUUCUAACUUAUUUUUUUCUACAAGCGUGUAAAGCUGAAUGUGCACAAGUUAAAUGCGUGUAAGUUGCAGUCUUACUGUACAUGAACGUAAACUUAAGUAAGUAAUUCACUGAAUAAUAAGUCUGCAUAACUCGUUGUAUUAAUAAAUCCUGAUUGCUUGGCCGUUCCUGAUCAACGUAUGGUCGUCUUCAAUUUGCCUUCUUGGGAGUGUUUUUGGAAAGGUUCCUGCAGAAGAAUCCAUGUGGAAAACAUUAUAGAACUGAUCAUUCUUGUGGGUUCUUGAGUAAUGAGUCGGAGCCAGCAGGAAUCUAGCAGGCCUUUGCUUAAAAAUUCAAAUGAAUGACCUAUUCUGAUAUAAUAUUUUCCAUGUGGCUUUAGGCAUCAAAGCACUCCCACUAAGGAAGGCAUAACCUUAAAAACAACAACACCUAAUUGGUAGUUUUAUUUGCUGUGAUUUCUUGAGUACCUUACCAACCAGAUAAACAAGAUAAGCUUUGCAAGAGAGGAGUUGCAGGAUCAAAGCUUCUUGCCAAAGUUCAACUCUUUUGUAGGUUAAUCAACUGCCCAAUCCUUCUCAGGGAGGCUUACCUCUUAGUUGAGUUGGACUUAUUCCCAGGAGGAUAAAGAGUGCCUAGAAUUUCAGUCAAACAGUGCAAUCCUAUAUGUGUUGACUUAGAACUAAGUUCCAUCCAGAUGAAUGGGGCUUACUCCUAGGUAACUUGGGAAUAAGAUCUUAAGUAAUUCCGUGUACAAAGAGUCAGUCGCACUUUCUUGGCACUUGUAUACGCAGCAGUUUACAUGCCUGCAGUACAAUCUCAUGUUUCAACCAACAUAUGGGAAUCAUGUUACUAAAACAGAAGUUACUUCCAUGUAGAGAUCCGGUAAUGGGAAACAGCCUAUAGAACCAGAGCAGGCUGGCGGUGAAAGAAUCUUGAAAGAAUUUCAGUCUAACUUUGUGGCUUUGAAAUAUGGCAAUAGAAAAUACAUUGAAUAUUUUUGCUCUUUAUGCAUCUUAAGGAAUCUACCUUGAACAUUUUGCUUCCUUGCUUGCUACGUGUUCACAUCCCUCUUAAGAUAUCUCGUAAUCAAAUUCUGCACAAUGGUUCCUGAGAUCAAAAAAGCAGGUUUUCUUCUGUGUUUGGAUACAGUUGGGUGCCAUUUUGAAUCGUGAUGGUGGAUGGAACCCUUCAGAAUUGCUCUGAUUGUGACCACUGAUGUCAAAACUGCACUAAUUUGGGAGUUUCUUAGAAUUCCUGAGAAAUGCCUAGUAUGAGGCGGCUAGUGCAAUCGAAACAAGGAAUCGGUGUUAGAUAUUCAAGGUGAUAAUGAAGAAUGGAGGAAGGAACAUUGGGUGAAUCAAGAAAAUGAUUAGAGUGAAAGGAGAGUAAAGUCAAGAUAGAAGAAGAGAUUAAAGAAAUAAUGAAAUGUGUUUAAGCUAGUUGGAAAAAUAAAGUAGCGUAACAAGAAUGGCUGGAAGUCAAGUCACUUGGUGGGUGUCCAUGUGGGGUAGGUGUAUAGGUAUGUUGAUAUGUAUAGUAUAGCUUGGUAAUGUAGGUAUGUUUUAUGUUAUGAAAAUAAGGUAGUGUGUUGUGUAUGUGUAUUGUGUAAAUGCAAAUGUAUGUGUUUUAUAUGUUAAUAAAAAAAGAAAGAAAGAAAAAGAAUGGAGGAUGGAAAACUAAAUCAGCAGAGGGACUUACCGUAACUUUUGGACUAUCUAAUAAGGGCAGAAGGGCUGUGUACCAGCGAGAGGGAGGACCAUAGUUAGAUGCCAAAAGUUACCGCAGUUGUACUUUGAUGGUGUAUCAAUACACCUGAAGUUUAGAGUUCAGUGACAGCUGGCUGACCCUAGCUCUUACUACAGUCUGAGAAAUCUUUGUUUUAAAUAUUUCCAGGGUAGUUGACAGGUGAUGUACAGUGGUACCUCGGGUUAAGUACUUUAUUCGUUCUGGAGGUCCGUUCUUAACCUGAAACUGUUCUUAACCUGAGGUACUACUUUAGCUAAUGGGGCCUCCUGCUGCCGCCGCGCCACCGGAGCACGAUUUCUGUUCUCCUCCUGAAGCAAACUUCUUAACCUGAGGUACUAUUUCUGGGUUAGUGGAGUCUGUAACCUGACGCGUCUGUAACCUGAGGUACCACUGUAGUUGGAAAGGGACCCUAAGCAUCAUCUAGUCCAACCCCCUGCGGUGCAGAAAUACACAGCUGUCCCAUACAGGGAUUGAACCUGCAACCUUGGCAUUAUCAGCACCACACUCCAACCAACUGAGCUAUCCAGGUGAUGUAAUAAAAUCUAAAGCAACCCCCUACCACUACUAUUUAUUAUUUAUUGUUUUAUGCCUUUCCUCCAAAGAGCUCAAAACAUGGUUCUCCCCGCCCCGUUUUAUCCUCACAACAAUCCUGUGAGGUAGGAGAGGCUGAGAAAUAGGAGACUUAAGUUAAAGAAGAAAGCUGCAUAAAAGGGUACCAUAAAAUGGAAAGUUUAAAAAGCCCAGGAGAAUUUUUUUUGGAAAAUUCUUCUUUGGUGCCUGAAGUAGAUGGGCUGCAGGAGUGCCGACCCCCCCCCCCAGUGAAAAGGAAAGCUUUCCUUUUGGACUACCCAAACUCUACAGAAAUUUAUUCAUAUAUGCGACUACAGCGGCAAGAAUGUUACUUGCCCAAAAAGGGAAAGAAGAAGAAGUCCCAGCAAAAGAAGAAUGGAUACAAAAACUUAUGGAAUAUGCAGAAAUGGCAGAAAAGAAUAAGAAAUCAAGAUAACAAACUUUUUAUAAAAUAAUGGAAAUUGUUUCUUGAAUAUUUACAAAUAAAUUGUAAACAGGUAAGAACAUUGGUAGGAUUAUAAUCUGCAGUUUCAUAAGAGAAUAUAUUUAAAGUAGAGGAAUGAAUGAGUAAAUUAAGUUAAAUUGGAUAUGCAGAAAAUAUUUAAAAAUAAAUUUAAGGAACUGCAGAAAGAGGAGGAAGGAAGUCAAGUUUUGAAGUGUUAAAAUGAUUAUAGAAUUAUUGAAAUGUAUAAAAUAGAAAAUCAUAAAUUAAAAAAAAGGAGUGCCCCCUGGUGGAGAAAAUUCCAGCAGCGAGGGGCCACCAUUGAUAAGGCUCUGCCUCAAUAUUAGGAGUUUCCAGGUCUGUCAGUUCAUAUGUUGUGGAGGCAGGGUGGCGUUGGGGGAAGAGAUGAUGACUGAUGAUAAUGUGUCCCCUUGCAAUCUACCUCUGCGGUGUCCUUUUCAUCCUGCUCCUCAUGGAACUGUGCACUCUACUCUCCAGAAGCAGAUGGGGAAGAGUUAAACCUACCAGACAGCUGCGAAAACUCAGUCAGCCAUGCAAAUACUUCAUUUCACCCUGACCUUUGGCCAAACUGUGAAGUACCACUGAUGUGAGGGCAUUUCAAGAGUUUCUGCUGGGGCCCUGCUCUCUCUCUCUCUCUCUCCCUGUGUGUGAGUGAAACUUGAGUUAGCAUCCCUAACUAAGGAAAGGCACUGCUAUGGGGAAGUUCUCUGUGCCAAAGUCGGGGGCGUAAUGACAUAUUCAACCGUGAAUGCCAAAACCUCCCUCCUUCAUCCGCAAAAGGCUACCUAGUUUUAAGUGCUGUUUUUAAUGACUAUUUCUUUUUCUAAUAGGAUUGCUUCCCCCCCCCUUUGUUCUGGUUUUAUUGCAUUUGUUUUCAGGUUGCAUGCUCGUUUUUUGCUUUAAAGUGAUGUUCGUAUUUUGUUGUGAGAACUGUUUUGGUUGAAGGGCGAACCGCCAGCAUAUAGAAUGAAGAGGAUCAUUUUUUAAAAGACCGAUUCCUCCCGCCCCACCCAAAACGGCUUCCUUCUCUAGCCCCUCGCCUCCCCAUCUUUUUGCUGAUUUUUCCAUCUUUCCGGAUCGCUCCAGGCAAAGCCAGUGACGUGAAGAUCCUUGAACCCAGUGUGGGAGGUUGGGGGGGGGCGGGGAGGAAAGGGACCAUCGCAAACAGCUGGCACAAUGUCUCCCCCACCCCACUGCUAAGGGUCAGGAAGGGGGGUCCUGGCAGCAUCAAUGCCCUAUUCAUUCGCCUGGCGUCAUUGCAAGGGUGAGAGGUGGGAGGAAUGGAAUGCGAGGGCCAAAGUGUGCCAGGGAAUACAAGAGGUGCCCCUUCGGAUCACGAGGCGCAAUUGUAUUCCCAGCCAGUAGCAUAUGGGAAGGAAGGUUUUUUGCAUCAAUAGGCAACUUUGUAUGGAUUAUAUCCGGAAUAUACUGCCACAACCCCCUGCCACUGGUCGUGGCGUUACACUGGUGCUUCUUCCAGUGGUCGUUGGUGGCAGGGAGGGUGUCUGUGGACACUUGACUGAUGACCCAUCAUUGGAGCACAGCAUCAUAACCUGUCUGGAUACCCAGAGCUUCCUGAAAUGCAUCUUAAGUUGCGUCCACCUGCCAGGUAGGAGGAGAAGGAAGUGAAAAAAUGGUCGGGUCAAGCUAAGGGUGUGAACAGCAGUUGAGCUUUGGCAAGCAGGAAAGAUGGUUUUGGAUUUCAGGAUGCUAGACAGAUGCUUCUCUCUCUCUCUCUCUCUCUCUCUCUCUCUCUCUCUCCUUUUGCCUUUCCUCUAAGGAGUUCACGGUAGUGCAUCUGGCUCCCUCAAGGGCCAGCCCUAUUGUUAGGCAGAGUCAGACCGCGGUGGUUUUUGCAGGGAAAGCACUGUGGCAAAUACCAAAAAACAGUAAGUGCUUGAGCACAGACCUUUUAAGAACGGACCUGUUCCUAGACACACUGUGCGAAAGGAAGGCUGGAUGAGCCCUAACACAGCUACCCCAUCUGGAAGGUAUCUGAGUUGUGUCUGUACUUACGGCUGCUGCAAAUUAGGCUUGAAAGUCAUGCCUGCUGCAGUUGGCAGAAGUUGGUCGGGGUGUGAAUGUGCAUUGCUGAGAGAGGCGCACAUCUAGUUGUCUAGGAUUGGUUUGAUGGCCCAGGAACUCUUCUUGACCCCCUGGGGAAAGAUUUGCCAGAAGCAAUAUAACGAAGCACAUCUGCUUAUUUUGUGCGAGGACCAGGGAACUGAGCUUCCCCUGGCAAAGAAUGUGGAUUUGCUUUUUCAAACCCAGGGAAUUUGCAGCCUAGAGGCUAACGUGCUUUCCAUUGUUGCAGCGGUUCUCUGAACCUCUUCCUUUCUGUAAGCUGAGAACCAGUAAGAUCCUGCCUAUCCCUGCCCUGGAGAAAUCUAAUUAUAGGCAGCCAUCUAUUCUUUUGAAUUCACCAAAGUGGGGUAUGCUAGGCUUCCUGCUAUAUCUUUGUGCUAGGAGUAUUAGCUUUGGCUACAGUUGUUAGUCAGGAGGAGCCACAUCGCAGUGGAAGGGACCAUGAUGUGUUCUGUAUACAGGACGCUGGUUCAAUCCCAGCCACCUCCAGUUCAAAGGAUCUCUGAAUGUUUUGGUAAUGGUAUGCACAGCAACUGAAAAUGUGACUUGAAACGCAGCAGGGAGGGAGGAACAACCUCGCUGUGUUUUCAGCUGCUAACAUGUGCAUAGCUUUAGUCUCAGAGCAGACCCAUUGAAAUUAAUGGACAUGACAAGCCCAUGAAUUGCAAUGGGUGUACUCUGGAUUACUUAGUUGACUUAAACCCAUAGUUGUAGGGGGGCAUAGAUGGCUGGCUGAAAUCCCACUUACCUAAAGCACUAGAUAUAUACCCCCAGCAUGGUUAGAGUGUUGGGCUAUGACCUGGGAGACCAGGGUUCGAAUCCCCACUCAGCCAUGAAGCUCACUGGGUGACCUUGGACCAGUCACCCACUCUCAGCCUAACCUUACAUUACAGGGUUGUUUUGAGGAUGAAAUUGGGAGGAGGAGAAGCACCUUGAGUUCUUUGGAAGAUAAAGGUGCUAUAUAAAAAUGUAAUAAAUAAUAAUAGAAAUAAAUAACGGAAUCAGUAACGCCAAUGGACAGGAAUGCCAAAAGGGUGUUUUCCGACAGUCACUGUUUCUGGGUGGUAUUCAGUCACAUACGGCCCAAUUUAGGUUGCGCAGUUAAAGCUGAUUGGGAGGCCUUGUGCAACAGAUUCACCUCCCUGAAAAACCUUGCUUUUUAAUGACAAGGAAAGUGAUAGGAAAAGGCAGUGAAAAGUGUGGGGGAACAUUUGCUUUGAUGCAACGGUCAUCUUAACCUCCUUGCAAACAAAUGAAUGCCCACUGAAUAGUCAACAUCGUCUAAUAUCCCUGCUAACAAGUCGGGAUGAAUGCUCAGCAAACUAGAUGCCUAGAAAGGCUAUGAAGUUCUAAAUGUCUACAGAAGAGGGACUCAGAAAUCGCUUCCAGGGGUUAAAAGCCUCCAUUAUUAAGAAAUGCAGGCCUGAGUGUUUAACAACAAAGGGGUGAUUUAACUGUAGAAUUCUGCUGCCAAGGGAAGGGGUGGAAUUUCCCAUCUCACCAAGUUGACACUCUCUCGAAUGAGAUGCUUUUGCCAGACACAAGCAGGUGGGCUUGAUCCAAAAAUAACUAGAGGGAAUUUGCUGGCAGGGGUUGAACUGGGGAGCAGGUUUAAUGGUUUCAACACUCUAUUCUGACUUUCAGUUCAAAAAAAGAAACGAUGAAAAAGAAUAAAUGAAGCCUGCAAAAUUAACAGUGUGUGUGUGUGUGUGUGUGAGAUAUAUACUGGAAUAAACGGAAAUAUUUUAACAGGGGCUGAUUGGUGUCUCCUGCUGCUUCUAAGAAAAUUGAAUUCUGUGCCCAGGAAACUAAAAUUCGAUGCUCAGCAACUUAAGUUAGAUGAAGCAAAAGAACAUAUGUUACUACACUUAUUUUUCACAAUGCUGCUUUAUUCUAUAAUUUAAAAUGUAUUUUGGGUUUUUGUUGUUGCCAAAUCUGGAAUGGGAGGGCAUGAAAGGGAUGCAGGUGGGAGAGAGAAUGAAGAGAAAGAAAGGGAUUUGAAACCAUGUUUGUCAGAUGGGAACAAAUAAUGAAAGAAAGAAUGGAUUUUGCAUAUCUUGUCAGGAAACAUUUUGUUGUGAGGUGGGAAUAUAGUCUCAAGAGGGAGAUCAUUUAAAAACAUAUUAUGAGCUUUAUGGAUCAACCCCCAUGCACAACCUACUGAGCUGGAUAGACCAAUGUUCUGACUCAGCAGAACCCAGUUCCCUGUGUUCCUAAGCUGGUGGGAUGUGACCCACAAUUGUGUCAAGAUCUCACCCAAGUUGCAUCACACAGACAGUAGUACAGUGACCAUCUUUCUGUGGGAGGAGAAAGAGGUGGGGAAAGAAAGGAUGCCAUGAAGGAUGGUUUGGUUGAGGUUGUCAAAAGUGGGUUCCAUGAGGCUGAGGGGUUAAGCCCGGGGUCCCCGGAGAAGGUUAAAGACCUGGUGCCUUACAUUCCCCCAAAUCGCUGGGCCCAAGCUGUGGGAUUCUGGUAGUGUGAACAUCACAUGAAGCAUUCUUGCAACAAGUCAGCAUCCUCUUUUCUUUUCCAGAUCAGCAUUGGGUCAGCUGAGGACCAUGUCAGAAGGGGACCGGCCUACCAGCGGCCUGAGCCAAGCUAGCAGCACAGUCACCAUCUCUUCCGUCUCCAUGGGAACGAAGGUGAGGAAUUGGAAGUGGUCCGAGCCCUCUGGACAGGUGCUGCUUGGGCGAUAGAUAGGAUUCCAGAGAUCUUGCUUGCCUUGUCUUCCUGAGCUAAUGGGCUUUGCAGCUUCAUUUGCAAGGAACACCUGAAUAGUGUUUACCUCAGGAGUUGGCAGCUUGUGCUUUAAAAUAAACAAAUAACCAAAGCUCUUUUUCGGGAAAAGGAGAAUUCUACAAUAACCAUGUGAACAAGUCCACAACAUUUAUGAGGCUUCAAAACAUUCACAUUGGCAGAUGUAUCCCUGCAUACCUAUGUGAGGGCUUAUCCAUAUUUCCCGCUGCUUUCUCCCAGGGAAAACUGCUCUUUAGUGCCCAAUCAGAGCAAACGGGGCAGUCUGGGACAAGUGUGGAUGAGCCCUCAGUCAUUUGUGGCACAUUUGUGACCUGAAAGGAAGGGAGGAGGGGAUAAUCAUUCUUCUCUCAGUUUACAAAGGCUCUUUCUUUCUUUCUUUCUUUCUUUCUUUCUUUCCUCUGCCUUCACCCUAAGGUCCCAGGACAGGUUACAACAAUUAAAACAUAAUGUUUAAAACAGUUUAAAACAACUUACAAUCAUAGAAAUAAGUCGAGUCCUAAAAAUCCCAGGUGUCAAACGCCAGGGUAAAGAGGUACAAACCUUUAUACGGUGAAGAUGCCAGACAGUGCCGAAUUUACGUAUAAGCUAAACAAGCUAUAGCUUAGGGCUCCACUCUCUUGCCCCCCCCCAACAUAUACUUCUUCUUAAUUAUAUUUCACUAUCAAUAUACUACUUCUUAACUGUAUUUCAGUUCAACAAUUACUUUGAUAAAAUACAUAUUUUGUUAUGUGCAAAUGGCUUUAGAUACCUAUUAAAUCCAUAAAUUACCAUAUAGCAUAUAUUCAACACAAAAAACAGCGACGGUUUGUUGUUGACAAAGGACAGCUGGACAUACAAAGGGCCCCAUUACCUUCAGCAGCUUCAUCACACCUAAAUCCGGCCCUGAUGCUAGACACACUGUGGGGCAGAAGUUCCACAGUUUAGGGGUUGCCAUAGAGAAUCCCCUCUCCUGGGCUAUUUCCCCCAGCUUCUGAGGGUGAUGGAGCAACAAAAAGUACCCCCACUGCCGAUCUUAAUACCGGAGGGUGUUUGUAGGCAGUCUUUCAGGUAUUUGGGUCCUGAGUCAUGUAGGGCUUUAAAACACUAACAUGAGCACCGGGAACAAACUCAUAACCUGCGAUUAGAAGCAGGCUACCUGAAAUUCACCAUGAACUUUACUAAAGCCAGAAAUAAAUAUAUGGUUAGGGUUGAAAAGACUUGCUUGGGAGAUGGUAAUUAAAUUAAUUUGAAUGAGUUGUGAACAGCAGCUCAGAUGUCCACUGCUUAUACCAUGGGAAGCAGCUUGUUUCACCAAAAUCAGAAUGGUUUCGUAGGGAUUUGGGAUAUUUCCAUUAUUACAGUGAUAACGUAUUACACCUGAGUAUUUGAGGAACAUGAGGCAUUUUUAUUUAACUUAAUUAUAUCAGAAUUUAGAAGCCACUGUACAUUCAAGGAAUCCCCAAAUGCUGUACAGAGAGAGAAUUAUAGAACAAUACAGAUCCCAGAACUGUAAACCCAACAAGGAUUAAAAACUGCAGGAAUGUCAGAGCAAUCUUGGAAGACAAUAAAAGUUUUCAACAAAUGUCAAAAACAAUGUUGGAGCUUGCUUCACUCCUAGGGGGAAGCAAAUUCCUGAAGUCUGGUGCCACAGUGUUGAAAGCGCAGGCUCAAGUCUCAGCACGCCUUGCCACAGGGGUGUUGGGCAUCAUCAGGAGAUCUAAGUGAUUGGAAUAGGAUGUGUGUGUGGGGAGAGAGAGAACUUCUCAGACGCCCCGAUCCAGAAUCAUAUGAGGCUUCUAAAUACCAGAUUCAAAUACUUGAAUCUAGCUUGGUAGCCAAUUGGCUACUGACACAAGACAUAAGCAUAUGUAGCAAGAGGCAAUGUUUACCUUGCUCUUAAACAAUAGAUCUUGAGAUUGUCUGAGGCCAUAUGCACUCUGCCAUGAUGUAUUGGGAAUAUUCUCUUGGUCUGUUUAUGUAUAAAAUAUUUUAUGUAACAGAGACGUGGGUGGUGCUGUGGUCUAAACCACUGAGUCUAGGGCUUGCCAAUCGGAAGGUCGGCAGUUUGAAUCUCCGUGACAGGGUGCGUUCCUGUUGCUCGGUCCCAACUCCUGCCAACCUAGCAGUUCAAAAGCACACCAUAAAGUGCAAGUAGAUAAAUAGGUACCGCUCCGGCAGGAAGGUAAAUGGCAUUUCCGUGCGCUGCUCUGGUUUCGCCAGAAGCGGCUUAGUCAUGCUGGCCACAUGACCCGGAAAAACUGUCUGUGGGCAAACGUCGGCUCCCUCAGCCAGUAAAGCGAGAUGAGCGCCGCAACCCCAGAGUUGUCCGUGACUGGGCCUAACGGUCAGGGGUCCUUUACCUUUACCUAUUUUAUGUAACAUACAUUCAAUGGGGAUACUCACCACUGGCAAUGAGGCAAAUGGAUGUUUACAAGUGCCUGCUGCAUAGAUGUCUGAAGCUGUUUUAAGGGAUAUAAGAGGGAAGAAAGGAGAGACAGCACAUCCUACAUUCAUCCUGAAAUAGGCUCUAGUCCCUAGCUAACAGGACCAGUGGUCAGGGAUGGUGGGAGUUGUAGUCCCAAAACAUCUGCAGGGCCGAGUUUGCCUAUGCCUGCUCUAGUCCAGCACUGUUGAAAGCACUAUACCUUUAAAGCACUUUUGAAACAUACUCUUUCCCUCAAAAAAUUCUGGACACUGCAGUUUAUCCUUCACAGAGCUACGGUUCCCUUAACAAGCGACCGUGCCCAGAAUUAUUUGAGGGAAAGACUGAGUUUCAAAAGUGCUUUGAAGGUAUAGUACGUAGACAGCCAAUGACAACAAAUCUGUUUGUACUGAUGGUGCUACAAGGCUCUUUGCUUUUGCUGUAGUAGAUAAAUAGCAGCAUCCCUCCCAGAAAUGGCCGGUUUCUAAGUCACACUCAUAAAGAGUGCCAGUUCCUUUGGCUUACCGUCCUUUCACUUAUCACUUUCCUGCGGUAAAAAGUUUUAGGGCUGCAGCGCUUAUUCAGGUUUGGUUUCCUUUGGAAGGAGGUCACGGGAGGCCUAUUGGCAUUGUGUAAUAUUUGCAUUUGAACUGAUUUACAUAGGUGGAGGCAGGCACAGCUUCAAACACUUGAACUGAUAGGCAACAUUACAUCAGAUCUCUAGGGAGGCAGCCGGCAACCAGAGAUCACUUUUUAGAGCUCCAAACUCAGCUUUUUGUGGCUUUCCCAGUCAAGCUGAAACUGCAGACAUCUCUUCACAUAAACACCUGGAUUACAUCAUCCUUAGUCAAUGGGAUGGGAGUGGUCUGCCUCUGAUGCUUCUUUCUGUCUACAUUCCCACAACAUUCCUGCAACAGGAGACAAGGGGCUAAGUAUUUAGUUCCCUAUUACAACAUAUCUCAGGGCUAUUGACCACUCUUUUAUCAGCUUCAGGUACUGCCUCAGGGAAACCUGCCCAAUAACCCUCUUUACAGAAAUCUGAUAGGAAACCUGUUGCUUUUUUCAGGUGGGAUUUAAUCAAAUACUGGCAAAUUCAAUUUGUGCAGCUGAAGUUGAUUUGGAGCUUUUGAGCAACAAUAUCCACUUGUUCCUAAAAUUGGGCAUUUGAUGAUAAAGCAGGUCUGGAUGACCUUUGGCCUCCCAGAUGUUGCCAGACUACAACUCCCAUCAAGUCCAGAGAGUGUGGUCAGUUACCAGGGAUUAUCGGAGUUGUAGUCUUAAAACAUCUGGCAGGCUGAAGGUUCCCCACACUUGUGAUACAGGAACGUGAUUCUCACCAGGCUUGUAAAUAGCAUUAGCCCACAUUCUUCCAUUUCUUUCCUUACUUACCUCCUCCCCCUGCUGUUUGACCACUGCCAGUUUUGGAUUGUAAGCUCCUUCGGAGCAGGGACCAUGCAUAUACUGCCUAGGUAAGGCUUUGCAAUUUGUAGGGUAGUUUGUCCACCUUGCUCCCUAGCUUGCAUUCAGCUCUCACCUGUGGCUCCUAGAAGUUGUCAGCAUGUGACAGCAGCCACACAUUGUGAAGGGCUUUGAUUGGCUGGCUAAACCAGGUGAGGGUAGCCGAUGGGACUCAAAUACUAGAUGAGUUGGGGACUUCUCCUGCGUACAAAGACAGGCUCCAGCAGAUUGAGCGGACGAGACCGAUAGCAGGUCCAACGGUCAAGAAGACGGUUUCUCCCCGUGCUGCAGAGGGUAGUGAGGGGCAGAUGAGACUCAUCAGCUUGGGAAGGUAGCUCAUCUAGGAGAAUGAAAACUCUGGUCCUAAAACUCCACUGCCUUAUGAGAUAUCUUCGGGAGAAGAGAAGUAAAGCCUACACAAAUCAAGAGUCCCUAAGAUAGUUGGGUGGCGCCUUGUGCGCCUCCUUCCAGCAACUCCUGCAACCAACCUGGGACCAAACGUACCUCUCUGCUUUCCUUUGGACCACAUGAGUGAGAUGGAGAGGGGGGAGAUCUUGUUGUCUGGGCAGCCCAGGACCUCCAUGCAUGCUGCCCAGGCUUGCCACGGUUUGGCAUCACCCCACAGAGGCGCACUCCAUUGCCUUGAGACAGACCGAUGCCAACACUGAUGGCGUGCUAUUAACAACCCAGUAUUGCAUUUCACCAUUUUGUCUUCUGCAGCCACGCUCAGCCCGGCCUGUCCGGAAGGUUCACGCUUUUGGGAAGAGGGCAAACUCCAUCAAGAGAGACCCCAACUCGCCUGUCAUCAUGCGCGGAUGGCUUUAUAAACAGGUAAAAAAGUGCAUGAGGAACGAAGGGGGUUCCUUAGCUCAGAAGCAGCCAAUGUGGUUCCCUCCAGGUGUUUUCAGCCACAUCUCCUCCCAUCUGCUCCAGCCAGUGUGGCCAUUGGUCAGGAAUGAGGGGAGUUGUUACUCACAUAAUACAGAUGUUAUCACGUUGGCUAUGCAUUAGCCUGAAGGAUGAGUGGCUGAAUGUUGGCAUGGGUGGACCCAAAUAGAGCAAGGGAAGCCAGAGGCUGCUGGUGGCAUCACACGCUCAGCAUCUGUCAUUCUUGGGCAGCUGUUAGAGCUCCAGUGUUGCAGCAGCAGGGGCCACCACAGAUGAGACCAUGCUCCUCACCACCACUGUCAGCGUUGCCAACACUGCAAUAGAUCAAGAUCUUGCAGAGAUUUUGAGAUCUCGCCCAGAGUUGUCAUGAUCUUGCCCCAAAUCAAUGUUGAUGGUGGUGCCACUUAACGAGCAGCUCAAUAAAUAGCCAACGUCGUGUCAUCUCCCUGCAAGGAAAUCAGGACAAAUCUUUGAUAGAGAGGUCUUCUGGAAGUAGCCCAUGUCCUCUAGCCAGGGACAGAAUGUUUCCCCUCCAAUUAUGGCAGAAAUCCACAUGUUAGCAGCUUUACUACCAAUUCUGUACCCACUGAUAAAACAAUAUGCUUGACGUAACUAAGCAGAAUGAUCAGGGGUUCUCCUGAGAGUUGAUGCCCUGGACACCUUUGAUCUCCCUUUUUCCUUUCCUUUCCUCCUCCAGGAUAGCUCUGGUCUUAAACUCUGGAAACGGCGUUGGUUCGUCCUUUCUAAUUACUGCCUCUUCUACUACCGAGGUAAUUGGGAUUUCCCCAAGGUUCUGCCAGAGGUGGGCGGAAGUGAUGUCAUUGUGCUUUUGGAGGGAGGGCUUUUUUCAAGUCUCAGGCAAGGUAGGCUGGUCAAGCAUCGGAGGGUGUGCCUCCUUCUUCCUCCUGUUGUUUCUCAGCCAAUAACAUUCCUUAUGGUCUGUCUGGGAGCAGAGCUGGGAAAAUAUGCUGUAGGUUGGGGUGGAAAGCUCAUGGGCCUCCAGCUGUUUAUUCCUUUUACUUAUAAGCAUAUUUUUAUACUGCUGCAUCAAAAAAUACAUCAAAGUGGUUUACAACAAGAAUUUCUAUAUGUAUUCUAAAAGCCCACAUGUUCUGUAUCCAGAUCUGAAAAGGGUGUGCUGAGAAUUUGGUUGCUUUCAUUUCAUUUUCGACUCUGCUCCUUACUCUUUCUGGUGGAGGAGUUUAGCCUUAUAUAUACCCUUUUUCUUCUGAUUCCUCAGAUUUGCACAAAACCGGAUGUUAUGUUCUUUCGGUCUGUCAGAUUUGCCCAAAGCCAGAAAACUGCACAAGCAGCUAUACAGUUGCCUGGCUCUGUGCUUUUGUGUGCUUCUUGGGUGGGGGAUAUUAAAACAAAAACAAGAUGUGCACACAGCUAUCUGUUGUCAUGCCCUGUUGGCACUUAACUGGGGUGAUAGAAUCCACAAACUAGAAAGCAGGGAAAAACACAAAAGAUAACACCUGCUGGUAUGAAUAGGAAAGACCGAAAUUGUUUCUCAUAUGGAAAUUAAAAUACGUGUGGGUGUGGACUACUCCAGUGUAAUUCAAAUUCUGUGUGUGUGUGUGGAUAAACGACUAAAUAGUGCUCAGAUGCGGACAAGCUCUUUUGUCCCCCAACUUAAGACCUAUGGUUGAGAGAGAAGGCCUUGACUCUUCUCCCUACCAGCCGGACCUUAGGCAGUGGAGUGGACUGCUAGCCAGGUUUGACAGAUUAGAAUCGCUAGUUCAGGCCCCAGAGAUAUUGAGGGCCCCACAGGGCUGGAGGGGAGAUCCUGUGGCCCUUCAGACAUUAUAGGGAUCCAACUCCCAUCAGCCCUGACCCUUGGGCAGGUGGACUGGAGCUGAUAGGAAUUGGAGUCCCAACAACAUCUCAAGGGCCACACAGGGUUCUUUCCAUCUGGGCUUUAGGGAGAAGUGCAUUGAAGCGACUUCUUAGAAUCAUAGAUCUCAAGGGUCCUCUAGUCCAACCCCCCCCCCCCCCAAUGUAGGACUCUCCUGUGACUUUUUUCUUUCCUUUGGCGGAGGUGGAAAUGUGUGUGUGUGUUUGUUUUCCAGACAGCCGCGAAGAGAAAGUUUUGGGCAGCAUCCUCCUCCCCAGCUAUGAGAUCCGGACAGCGUUCUCCAAGGAGAAGAAGAACCGGCGCUUCAUAUUCAAGGUCAGUCCACCCCCCAAUGGGAUGCUUGUUUUCUUCCAAUGUCUGUUAUUUUGCUGUCACCCAAGGUCUGUUGACAGCCAUGAGUGAUAGGUGAGAGAUUCAACUUAGUUUGCAUUUGAAGGUGAACUUAAGUCCCACUGUGCAAAGCAAUAGGAGAACCCGAACAGAGUCGCCCUUCAGAAUCCGCAUUUCUGCAUAUUUUGCAAUGCACACAGUGUGUGCAUAUACUAGGGGAAAGUGUGCACGUAAAUGAAAACAGCAUAUGAAAGGGCAUUAUAUUAGGGGGAACUGCUUUGCAAAAAAUGUGUACGUGAGGCAAAAUUGCACACAAACAUACGUAUAUUAGGAGAAAAUUGCUGAAGAAUUUUCAUGAAGCCUUUUUUUUUAAAAAAAAAGAAAGCUAAUAAAUCGCAAACUAAUGUGGAAAUGUGGGGAAAUGACUGGAAAAAUGAGAAAUGGAGAGAACCAAAGCCGACAGAUUCUCUCCUCCAUUAGCCAGCCAUGCAGAAAGCCCAGCAGAAGCCCUCAAGCCCACCCUUGCCUCUGCUGUCCAGCUGUUGUCCACCAGAAUUUCUGUAUGCCUGCUGCCCCCUUGAGGAUGCAUUGGACCACUGCAAUGACCCGUCUUUUUCUUCUUUUACCUUCCAGGCCGAACAUCCUGGCAUGAGAACCUAUUAUUUCAGCGCAGACACCCAGCUGGACAUGAAUAGCUGGAUCCGCGCCAUGAACCAGUCGGCCGCCGCUGAGUGCGACUAUGGAAGCUAGUAAGGGCUGGGGACGGGUGUAUUCUACGCACAGCCCUGCGCUGGCUGGCUGGCUGGCUGUAACCUUGCCUCUGGGUUUCUGGUUUGGGGAUGGGACAUGAACCCAUCAAAAGAGGGACUGAGAAAUAGGAACUUUUGAAAGGGAAGCAAGUUCCAUUAUGGUCAGAAUCAUAGAGAGAUUAAAGGUGCAUAUUUUUAAAAAGUUUUCUGGGAGAGAGAUUCAGUUUGCUUAGGAUGGGAGACUCUUCUUCCUGUUGUGGUCCCUUGGGGAGGGGGCGUCACCGAUCAAGGACCACAUCCAGCAGCCGAGACAGACGCCCACUGUGGGGAGGAGGGCAAAGCCAAACGUAGGCAGUGUCGCUCGCCUUUCUUCCUUUCAACCAUCGCCUUCUCUCUCCUUCUGCCACUCCCGCCAUCGGCCUCUGCCUCCCCACCCAGCAGGCUGCCCAGAGAGGGACAAGUUGUUGUUGCCAGACGCCCAGACUCGUCACUUUGAGAUUAGUUUUGAAAUUAGCCCGUGGACACCCUUAUCCUGGGAAUGUGGGGUGUCUGGAUUCAUGGGUUACCCAGAAGCAAGAUGGGCGAAAUGGGGAGGUUAAGCCGUGAGUUUUUAAGCAGCCAGUUAGGUUGCAGCGCAGGCUGGUCCAUUAGGGUGAAGCAAGGCCUGGCCCCACCCAUCUCAGCCUGCCCACAGCCACUCCACAUCUGCCUGCCUGCCUUCCUUCCUUCCUUCCUUCCUGUCAUUGACUCUCUGGCGCCACCUACUGUUGGGCUCCCUACAUUCUGCCCUACCAGUCUCAACAGCCACCACUGUGAGGUUGAACGCGGGGUGGGGUUGGAGGGGGAGGAAUCUUGAUCUCAAACUCUCUGCGGGCAAAGGGGAAGGUCACUGCAGGGGAACCAGGCACCUGGGCUUUGAUACAGUCUAAAAAAAAUCUCCCCUUCUGCCCCGCCUCAGCAACCGGAGGGGUCUCCAAAGCCAGUCCCCAUCCACAUGCACCAGCUUUGAGGACGUCACGCUCACACAGAACGACUACGCCAAAAGCGCAGAAUCCCUGGAGAUCGCCCGUCUCUCGGAGGCACACGACGGGGAGGCCUCGUCGUCCGACAGCCUCCACGUGCAGGACAGUCAGCAGGGGACUCCGCGGCUCGGGAGGACGUCGUUGUGCAGCUCGCUCAACGGCGGAUACAGCCACAUAAGGAAAGAGCAACCAGAUUUAAGGUAAGUUGGUGGGUGGAGAGGGAGGGAGGGAGGGAGGGAAGAACCAGUUUUCCACCAGGGGGCGCCGUGGGGAGCUAAUGAUGAUUGGCUCCCACAGGUGCUGUUGGGGCGGGACUUGGAUUGUCAUGUUUGUUGUUUGAUUCUGUGCCUUCCUAUUUUCUUCCCUCUGUUUCCAUUGGCAGCUCCCUGUCUUCCCAGACUCACGGAAGCCCCUCGCCCGUCAUCCACCCCAAGCUCUCCUCCCGGCCGCGAUCCCCCUCCGAGAGCCCCACGCCUUCCUCCCCAUCCCGGACCCCUCAGCCUUCCCCUCUGCUUUCCAUCCGCUCCUCUCGUUCCUACUCCCUCCCCCUGACGCCUGCCGAAUCACCUCAGAUACCCGACGCCCGCCAGUCGCCCCCUCGCGCCCGCAGGAAGCCCCCGAGAGCUGCUGCCGCUGCCGCACAGGCCAUCUCCUGCGAGGACCUGUCCUCCGCGGCCUCCCCAAGGGGUCUCGGGCGCCCCAACACCCCCAUGGGGCGUGUGGACAUUGCCCCCGGCGAGGGCCCUCCCAACAACCCCUACGCCACGCUGUCGCCCGCCACCAGGGGGCGCACCCUGACGCCUGCUGAUCGGUAUGACGUGUUCCCCUCCUCCGAAGACCCCUAUGGCAGGCGUUACGCCCGGAGCCCUCACCACAGCAGGGCCCGGCCCGUGGGCGAGGAAGGCCUGGCGCCCACAUUGGCAAGGCAGCUGCCGCCCAGCAGAGUAAGUAGAGGCUGCGGCACCAGUGGGCAGGGCAGCUCUGAGUUUGGGUCUUAUCUUGACUUUGAUCCACCCAGGCGCUAACCUUUCCUUUCCUGCCAGUUUGCAGACCGAGGCUAUCUCUCCCCGCCAUCUGGGACGUCCCGUGCUCUGGUCAUGUCUCGGCUACAUGGGCGACUGGUGAGUACCGGGGGCUGCGUUCUCCAUCUUUCCCGUUCGCCAUGGUCCUCCUCUCCCUUGUCUUCCUCUCCCUGUGACACGGAAACAAAUGAGUCUGCUGGCUUGAAUGUCUCUUUCCUCGCUCGUGACCUGGGCUGUGUGUACCCUGUACUUCACGUUUCUGAAAUCCUGAGCCAAAGGAGUCUCAAUUCUGCAGCAGGAAAAGCUCGAUUCCGCAACUUGCGUAAAUUAUUCAAAUUUUGAGCUACAAACUUGCUUCCUUUAAAAAAAUGAAAAGAAUUUUUUCUUUCCAUUUUUUCCAGAAAGCUGCAUUGUGCGGCCGAUAUUAUAUUGCGCAGUCUUUCUGUGCAAUUUGUGGCAUACCCUGUUUAGGGAAGUUUUUAAUAUUUGAUGUUUUAUUGUGUUUUUAAUACUCAGUUGGGAGCCACCCAGAGUGGCUGGGGAAAACAGCCAGAUGGGCAGGGUAUGAAUAAAUAAACAAAUACUAUUACUAUUAUUAUUACAGUCAUACCUCAUGUUACGGCUGCUUCAGGUUACGUGUUUUCGGGCUGCGGACCGCGGGAAACCCGGAAGUACCGGAACGGGUGACUUCCGGGUUUCGCCACUUCACGCAUGCGCAGAAGUGCCAAAUCGCGCCUGCGCAGACGCGGCGCUUCAGGAUGUGAACACUGCGGGUUGCGGACGUACCUCCAUCACGGAUUACAUCCGUAACCUAAGGUUCCACUGUAUACCACACAGUCCUGCUCAUGAGCUUCCCUGGCUACUCUCCCUAACACUUGCCUUCCCUUUCCCUACAGAUCACUCCCCACUCUGCCUCCUCCAGCUACCUCCACCUACCACCCCUGCCCCCCCUGCCUAACCGGCCCACCCCUGGGAAAAGGACGUCCUUGGGAACCACGGUAUGUGAUUUCGUGCUUGAUCCUCCCUUGAGUCUAGGACUUAUCAAACGUUGGCUUAGCAAAAAGAAUAGGCUGGCCAGGAAAGAACAGCAGCACAUUCUCUGAGCUCUGUUUUAAUACCAAAUUGUCCUCCUGUCUGUUGUGGUUAACACUGGGCUCCACCAUUUCCCCCCGUUAGCUUAACAUUGGAUUGAACAGCCCUUGAAGUAGUUAGUCUUGAAGCCAUGGGCAACUUAUCCUGAUAAAUACGCCCUCUUAAUGCUGAACACAUAAAUGUCUUGGGCAUAUUUAAUUUUCUUUUUUUUUUAAAUAUAAUUUUUAUUAGUUUUUCCAUUUAACAAUAUAUAAUCACAUCAUUAUUAUCCACUUUGCCUCUCUAGCUCUUUCUAGCCUAUCGACUUCCUUCCCUCCCGCCUCAUGGCUUUCGAGAUUAACCUUUAUAUCAUAGCACUUUAUGCAUUUUCCAAUUCUAAUUACACUCAUUACAAAAUACCUCAAAACUUAAGUAAAUAUAAAAAGGGAGAAAAUUUCUCAUUACAAGUCUUCAGACAACCCUGCUAGUCAUGUUAAUCACUUACAGUGAUCUUUCAAUUAUCGUAUAAAUUUACUCCAGUCCUUUUGAAAUACUUGAUUGUGCUGGUUUCGGAUUCUUCCCGUCAGCUUUGCCAGUUCCGCAAAGUCCAUCAUUUUCACCUGCCACUCUUCUUUCGUUGGCACUUCUUGUUGUUUCCAUUUUGGGGCUCAAAGAAUUCUUGCUGCUGCUGUUGCAUACAUAAACAGUCUUUUAUGGGCAUAUUUAACUUUCGUGGUGCAACACGCUGGCAUUUCUCCUAGGAAACCAUGUGGGAAGUUCAGGGGCUUAUCCAGCCGUGCCUUUGCAUGCUGUUCACACCAACCAUUUCUCUGUCUUUCCAGUGCCGGACUCUGGUGCGAGAGAGGAGCAUCCAUUCUGCCGGGGGGCAGCGGUUUGAAAGCGACACUGAUGUACGCACUUCUGUUUCUUCUCAUAUCAAGGGUUCAUUUGUGUGUUGUUGUUUUUUUAAAAAAACUUAAUUUUAUUUGCAUCCAGCUUUUCAAAAGACAACUGUUGUUUUUUGCAAAGUGACUUAGGAAGCAUAGAGCGUAAACAUCACUUUGAGCAGGGGCAGGGGAACCUGUGGUCCUCCAGGUAUUUACUGGACCAGGGAUGAUGGUAGUUGGUAGUUUAACAGUAUCAGGAGGGUCACAGGUCCCUGCAUCCUUGACUUACGAGUAGAUUGAGACAUUCUUUCAUUUAUGGGUGAGGGAAGAAGGAAUGCCUCAUUUAUAACACGGUGUUUGAAAGCUCAUUUUUGAAAUCUCUUGCAAAAUAAGUAACUACUUCCAAGAAAACGGGGUUGGGAUCCACUGUGGGGGUCACUGCAAAAUAAUUAACAUUAAACUGGGUUGGAAUCCACUGUAGGGUCUCUGCUCAAUGCUGAAUUUACAGAGAGUUAGUUCUACAGCUUGUUUUAUUGUCACCUGUGCAGCUGUCAAGAACACCCCCAGAUUUUUGCCACUUUCUGUUUACAUUUUCAAGCAAAAACCAACUCGGAGAAGUGCCUCUCUUCUGACACUCAAACAAAGGCUUUGUUUGAGACAUUUUACUACACACUGAAAUUGGCUAAAGGUGGAAUAAUUCCCCCCAAUAAAACUGUGUGCAUCGGUUUCAUGCUGCAACAUGUCAAUUUUCUAACAGCAUUAGAAGUCGCCUGGGGUUUUACAGGGUGGGAAAUCACCCUGUAAGUCUGGAUGUGCCCAAUGUUUUGUUGUCUUGGGUGAGGUCAGGACAGUCAAAAAAUAAAGUGCUUUUUCACACAGCGCACCGUUGGACUGUGGAACUCACUCCCACAAGAGGCAGCGAAGGCCACCAAGUUGGGAUGUUUUUAAAAGAGGAUUAGAUACAUUGAUGGAGGGCAAGGCUAUCAACACCUACUAUCCCAUGGGCAGAGUGCAGUUGUGCUCAUGUCCUGCUUGUGGGUUUUAUAUGGCCUCAUCCAGCUCUUCUUAUGGUUUUUUUUUUGAAAAAAUCUGUCUGAAUUAAUUUGGAUCUCAUUUUUAGUCCAGUAAGAAUUUGAGUUUAUUAAUUUAAAUGAUUAACUGACUGGCCUUUGGAACGCUACGUUGUUAAUAGCGUAACCCAUCUCUGAUUUGGAAGCUCUCAGAAAAAAAGAAAGAAUCUCACCAGGGCUGUCUUAAGCAUAUGCGGUGCCAGGGUGCAGGCUCUCGGGCCCUGGACUCUCAGCCUGGCGCCCCUGAGAGCCUGGCGCUCUCACAACACCAUGCCAAACAUUUGUCCCAAAGUGGGUUUGCCUGCUUUUAUAAAGCCAUGGUUGUAUGUGCCGCAGCACCCUCUGGUGGCUUCUCUUAGAAUUGCACCCCCUUUCUCCUUCUAGGCUCUCUUGACAAAACUUUGCGGCCAGGACAAGGUGCUUCGUGGUCUAGAAGAGGACACGGCACAGCUCCGGGCUGAAAAGGUAUGACUUACUUUACCCCCAUUUCCUCUUUCCCUUCCUCCUGCUAUUAAACCGGCCAUCUGAUUUAUUUUGGCUUAAGUUGAAAUGGUUGGCCCUUUUUUUUACAGGAGCGGAUUGAGAAAGCCUUGGAGGUGACACGCCUGAGGCUGGAGGAGUUUAAAGGCCAAGACGCCACGAUGGAGAAAAUCUGCUACCAGCAGAGGCAGCUGCAAGACGAACUGGUGCAAACCCGAGCUCGCCUCUGCGAUCUAGCGCUGGUGAGUUGCUUUUAUUCCCAUGCCGGGAGGCUGAGCUGAGAAAACACUGUAGCCAGGGGUGGAGGAAGGGGUGUGUGGUGGGGGCAGACCGCCCCGGGUGUCACCACAGAGGGGAUGACAAAAUGCCAGGCGGCACUCACCGCAGGGCCUGCAUCACGCCCGAGCCAUACGUCUCUCCUGGGAGAGACGCAGUGGCUUGGGCGCAUGCAGGCUCCACACUGCCCAAACGGUCUGCCCGCCGCCUCCCCCCUCAGCUGUAGGGCGGCUGAGUGGGAGGAGGCAGACAGACUCCUUGGAGGCCCCACAGAGCGUCCUGCCCCAGCUGGCCCCACCCCUGGGCACAGGGCACACACUCCGCCCCAGGCGCCCAAUCGGCUUGCUCCGCUGCUGACUGUAGCCAUAACCCCUGAAGUUUAGGUUGAAGGGCUGUGCUGAGAGAGCGAUGGGAUGCUCACAGUAGCUGUGCAGUGACUAGUUCUCGCUUAAAAAGGUAAAGGGACCGCUGAGCAUUAGGUCCAGUCAUGGCCGACUCUGGGGUUGUGGCGCUCAUCUCGCUCUAUAGGCCGAGGGAGCCAGGGUUGGCCGCAGACAGCUUCUGGGUCAUGUGGCCAGCAUGACUAAGCUGCUUCUGGCGAACCAGAGCAGCGCACGGAAACGCGUUUACCUUCCCGCUGGAGCGGUACCUAUUUAUCUACUUGCACUUUGACGUGCUUUCAAACUGCUAGGUUGGCAGGAGCAGGGACCAAGCAAUGGGAGCUCACCCUGUUGCGGAGAGUUGAACCGCCAACCUUCUGAUCGGCAAGCCCUAGGCCCUGUGGUUUAACCCUCAGCGCCACCCGUGUCCCAGUUCUCGGUUAGUUCUCGGUUAAUACUACAGAUCAGAGAUGAGGCAGAGGCUCCUUUCGGUUCCCCGUCAAAAUUCCUCCAAGUUGCAGCAAAUUGCCCCCUCUCACCUCCUUCGAAGCCAAAUUGAGAACCUGGUUGCAUGAGGAAGUCUCAUACCCCAAUUGCCUUGCAUACAGACUGGUUGGACUUUUAAGACUUUUUUCCGCACCUGAAGUUGACCCCGCAUAGAGCAGGGACUCCUGCCUUUGAUGCUAACUUUUUUCUUUCAAGCCCCUCAGCCCAAUGCUCAGGCAACACCCUCCCACUGGAGAUACACAGCAACAUUUUGCUGCUGUGCCUGCUUUUCCUUUCUAUUUGACCAAUGUUCAAAGGUGCAUGCCCGGUACUUAGAGGGCCAGAACUUCUGUGGAGAAGAAGCAGCAGGCUUACAGAGACCCCCAAGUUUACAGAAGUACAAAAAAACUUUGGGCAUAAAUGCAUAUUGGGGGCACCCUCAAGAUAACCCAACAAGGACUGAGAAUGCCCAGUGGCCACUGACUGCUGAGUGACUAUUGUUGUUGUUAGGGGGCAGUUGCACACAGAACGGUGGGUGGGAAUGGAUGGGAGCACUCCAUACUGCAAGAUUUUGUUGCAGAUCGUGUGUGUGUGUGUGUGUGUGUGUGUGUGUGUGUGUGUGUGUGUUUUCAUAAAAUAUUAGGCAGGAGGCAUUAAAAAUAGCAUCCUUCACCUGAAGCGGUAUAGCCCACCCAGGAUUCUACGACCACAUUCUGCAGCAGGGGUUUACCAGGCUUUAUCUUCAGUGAAUCAGCACUUCGUAAGGGAUCUGGAUAAGCCGCUGAGUCUUUGUUCUUCCCCAACUCAGGACAGUGAACGAGCGUGGGAGGAUUACGCCGCCUUGGAAAAUGACCUGCAGAUGGUGAAGGGCUCCUUGGAGCAUAUCCGGACUGUGGGGCACCCCCAGGUAUGUGCUCCCUAUUUCCAAACCUCUCCCUACCACUUUUUUGUGGUACUUUGCAAGCAUUCGGGCUGUGCAUAGUUGCUGCAAAAAAGUGACAAAACUCCAAAUUCUGUACUCUGAGAAGUCAGGUUUUGUAAUCUGAGGACUUUGUGCAAAUAAAGACAAUUUUGUCAACCGUGCAUACAUACAUACAUAUAUAUAUAUGUAUAAAAUCUGCCUUUCAAAUUUACCCGUAUUUUUCACUCUAUAAGACGCACCAGACCACAAGACGCACCUAGAUUUUGGAGGAGGAAAACAAGAAAAAAAAUAUUCUGAAUAUCAGAAGCCAGAACAGCAAGAGGGAUCGCUGUGCAGCGAAAGCAGCAAUCCCUCUUGCUGUUCUGGCUUCUGGGAUAGCUGCGCAGCCUGCAUUCGCUCCAUAAGACGCACACACAUUUCCCCUUACUUUUUAGGAGGGAAAAAGUCUUAUAGAGCAAAAAAUACGGUAUUUCUUUUUUUCUGCUGGGUGGGUAGGAAGAUGAGCUGUCCACCAAAUAUUAAAGUCCUCCUCUUCUGACCUGUGGAAAUCCACCUCAGUCUUAAUCCUGGCCCUGUAUUUUCUGGGAUUGAUGUCUAUGUCUGCCGCUGCCAGACAGGCUAAAAACUUAUUCAAAACUUAUUCAAAAAUGAUAAAAGGCAUUGAGUCCGUGCUUCGUAACUGCAACCUGCUCAGUAGUUGGUGAAAUAAUCCAACCCCAAAAUGGUCUUCCUCAGAAAUAAAUGGCAGGGUUGAGAUUGUGGAAUCACUGCUAGAUUGAGCUCAUGGCUCCGAUCUGGAGGUAGUGUGUGUUGGGAGGUGGUGGAAACAUGGUACCCCAGGUCCACAGCUCAGCAGCAGAGCAUCUGUUUUACACGCACAAGGACCCAGGUUCUGCCCCUGGCAUCUCCAGGUAGGACUAAGAAAAACCCCAACCUGAACUCUUGAAGUAAAGGAGAGAGAGGGAGCUUCAGGCCAAACCUCUCUCUAUCUGUGACUCUUCCCCAGGCCACGCCCCUUACCAGACCUGCAUUGCUGAGCUGGGAAUGGAAAAGUCCUGCCCCAAAUCCCGCCCCCCCCCGCCCUGGUGUCAACAAUCCUGAGCUAUGCAGGUUGAUGGCCUGGCUUGGUUCAAAGCAGCUUCCUAUCUUUCCGCACUGAUUCCUGUUGCCUCCACCUGUCUGAUCCUUUCCUCCUUAGGACCAAGUAGCUGCCCAGCAAGAUUUGUGGAGGAUCCACGACAUCCUGGCAGGACUGAGAUCCAGCCCAGCCAACCACCACGCCCUAGAAAGCAGAAGAUCAGGUGCUGAACGCAAUACUGUCCUAGGAGCUGGGAGCCGGCAGCCCAGGAGGAGGAGGAGGAGGGAGGGGGGAUAUUUAGCAGGCGUUGCCCCUUAUGAGUCUGAACCUCUCCAUUGUAACAUCUGAACCUCUCCAUUGCAGGUGUGUCUCCAGCUACCACCCCAACCCUGGAUUCUCAUCUGGGGCCAAGCCACACAUCCCAGCAGCUUUGUGCAGGAAUGGAGGUAUGGGGUUGGUCUCUGGGUUCAAAUGGUACAGUGGCUUCACCAUCGAGACCUUUGGUUCCAAAGCACUUUGAAGUUAGGGGUUCUGUGUUUUAAUUGUGGGUGUUUUUGUAUUUCAAUAUUGGUGCCCCUGGUUUUGGUAAGCUACUUAGAAGCCCAUUUGGGCAUUAAACUCUGUGUGUGUGUGUGUGUGUGUGUGUGUGUGAGUGUGUGUGUUUAUGUACUUACUUUAUGGCUAGAUAAAAACAGUCAUACCUCAUGUUACGUUUGCUUCAGGUUGAGCGUUUUCAGGUUGUGUCCUGGAAGUACUGGAAAGGGUUACUUCCAGGUUUUGCCAUUCGUGCAUACGCAGAUGUGCAAAAUGACGUCACGCGCAUGCGCAGAAGCGGCGAAUCGCGACCCGCAUGUGUGCAGACGCACAGAUGCGACUCACGUUCUUUUCAGGUUGUGAAUGGGCCUCCGGAACGAAUCCCGUUCACAACCAGAGGUACCACUGUAAUAUUUAUUUCAUGUACACAGCUUCAUUGUAAAGACAAGCUCAAACAGUUUACAAAAAUAGGAAAAGCAACUGACAACAACAAUUUAAAACUUUCAUAAGUUAAAACAGCCGUAGACUAAAAACGGACUUAAACUUGCAUCAGCAAUCUGGGUAGGCUUGUCUAAACAAGAUUGUUUUUAGCAGGUGCUGAAAAGGGAAUAGUGAAAGUACCCGCCUGACAGCUGUCUAUCUAUAACACACACAGGCAGACGGAGGAUGCAUCACUAAUAAUGUUCACUCUUUUUCUAUGGGCGCCCGAAGGAGUUUGAACCGUCUCCUCCUCCCAAAUCCACCCUGUCCUUCCACGAAUCCACCACCAGCCACUUGCCAGCCACAGUGGGCCAGCUGGACAGCCCUCGGGCAGGGAAUCCGCCUGUAAGUUUCUGCCCCAACAGCAUCCUCAGUUCCCUCCUUGCAGCCUUGCCCACUUUCUCUUGGCAGCGACUGAAGUUCGCUGAUGUUGUGUUCUUUGCCAGCAGAGUCCACCUGCUUCCUGCAGAGGGCAACAGGGGUCAUCACGGCAGUCGGAUGCCACCAGGCGACCUCGAUACAAUUCCUCCGGGGAGCCCGCAGAGUCCGAGAAAGUGAGGGCAAAGGAUGUGGUUGGUCCAGGUAAGUGAGAUGCGGGAGGAACAUGGAUUUACGUAUAAGCUAAACAAGUUAUAGCUUAGGGCCCCACUCUCUUGGGGGCCCUCAACAAACUUAAAGAAAAAAGAUGGAUGGACAUUUCCAAAAUAUAAGAGAAAAUAAAAAAAAAUAAAACCUACAUACAGCAACAGUGUUUUGUAUUGUUUAGGCUCCUAUGAUGUAAGUAAUGGGCUGUUGGCUGCUCCCUAAAAUAUCACUGGUUUGCUGAUGUCUAAAAUAGGGUGCCUACAUUCUGCAUGGACUGGUUGCAUGGCAACAAGCUUUAGAUACCUAUUGGGUCCAUAAAUUACCACAUGGCAUAUAUUCAACUCAAAAAACAGCAACAAUUUGUUGUUGACAAAGGACAGCUGGACAUAUAAAGGGCACCAUUACCUUCAAUAGCUUAGGGCCUCAUCAAACCUAAAUCUGGCCCUGCACACACACAAGGUGCCUUCUCAGGUCUCAAGUUUCAGUGUGGGUUGACUUGGGUAGUUGACAUUUGCUUCUUAACCCAGGGUGUGUUUUGGGCACUUCUGAUUAGCGAGAAGGAUGGAUCCCUUCAUUCUUUUCACAGCUUUAGUUGUGAAACUUUGGAUGCUUUAGGUGAGAUUGGACUAGAUGACCUUCCAAGUCUCCCGAUUCUAUAAUUCUGUGAACUCUUACUUCCCUUUUGAAUUACCCACCAUUCCCUUUCCCCACCCACUUUCAGAGUACUGCUUUCCCAUUGGUCAAGCAAGGAUUCCGCCAUUAGUGCUCGCCAUUGGUGGCUUAACCUGCCCUGAUAUUGCCACAGAGUGUGGUGCAUAAGAGCUGCCUUUUGAGUUGCGUUGAGGGCCUAUCCCUGCCAGGACAGAGGUGGGAACUAGGAGAGAGAAGCAGAAAACUUGGGUUCUGCACCCUCCGAAUGAAUGCUCUGUCUCCCUCCUCCUUCGCAGAUCACGGGAGCCACAUCAGCAAACUCUGUGAAGACACUGAGCACAGCAUAAUCAAGGUACGCGGAGGACCCUCAGAAUCAUGGCAGCAGAAAAUAUAUGCAUUGCAGGGGUGUGGUGCCCCUCCAGAUCUUGUUGGACUACAACUCCCAUCAUCCCUGUCCAUUGGCUGGGCUAGGCUGUCUGGAGUUGAUGGAAGUUGGAGUGCAAGCACCUCUGGAGGGCACUGUGUUGGCUAUCCCUGUUCUAGUGCACGACAGGGGAAAGGAAGGUUUUGUUUUAUUACUUAUUAAUAUGUUUAUGCUCUGCUUUCCCUAAAAGGUUUGUAGUGGUUUGCAUUGCAAAAAAAAACACAAUUUAAGCUUCACGGCUCCUGUUGAAACUGGAGCGGCUAAUCGACAUCUUGCAGGUGGGUGGGUCUGAUCCGGGCCCCCAAGCAAUACCCCGGGCCUGACUCUUACCUAUUUCAACAGGCAGGAACCACCAAGGGAAGAAGGCUCAGAGCCAGGGGGUUAGCAGUGGGGUGAUGAUGAUGAGUGGGCAGAGGGAGAAGCCUGGGAAGAAGAGGUGGAGAGAAGUUCAGAAUCGGAUGCUGAAGCAGGAGAGGAGUCCUGCUGUUGUAGAAGCCAGGGUGUCUCCUCCUCCUGCUGUAAAAAAAAAAUUCCCUCCUCCCUGGUCUCCCAGAACCAGGAGAGGCAUUAAGAGGGAGGAAGAGAGGUUGGCUUCAUGCAGGCGCCGUCUCUGAUUGCUUGGGAAAAGCCCUGGAGAGGAAGGAACUAAUGGCUGUGAUGAGGUGGGGACUUUUACUCUCAGGAGGGACUGCUACAAUCAUUAGGCCUGAGACUCAGGCAAGACUGUGCAGAUCAUGUUCUUGCUAAUAAAUAGUUAAUUCCAACUUCGACGGUGUGAUAUACUGCUAGCUCGCUCCUGAGAAUAGAUAAGAAGGCAGGCCUCUAGGACUCUUGGGGUGUACCACGUACACUUCAGAGUCUGAGAAGGAUGGCGGGAUGCUGCGAGAGAAUGCCAGCAUGGCUGAACACUGGCAGUAGCAUAUAAGCAGUUGUUGAAAACAAAAUCCCAUUUGUGGCAAAGGGAGGGACCCGGAGACCGGCGUUGUGUUCUGGUCUGAUGCAGGAUCCCACUCAGAAAGCAGCAAGGCUGCCAGACCACAGAUAGCUCCCAGUGAGCAGCUUGCUCCGACAAAGGUUGGGAGCAGGCUGAGGCCUUGUGAGUCCAGCAGUCUGCUCGGGGGCCUGAUCCUGACUCAGCUCCCUCCCGGUGCCCCUGCUGCCUCCGACUCCGGAUCACUGCUAGAUUCAGGGGUCAUGAAUCUCAGGGUCAUGAAUGAGGUCAGGUAUCAUGAACGAGGGCUACUGGUCGGCGGCAUCUCCUAACCCCUGGUCUUGCGUCACGUCUAGGUCGUCCCCACAGAAGCGGUCGCCUCUCGCCGGCCUCGCAUGAGUGCCCAGGAGCAGCUGGACCGGAUGCAGAGGAACCAGGAGGCCAAAAGGAGAUCGGAGGCUGCCCAGCCAAACGCUCUGGGCCCCUGGCGAGACUCUCUCAAGCGCGGGUCCGGCCGGGUGGGUGAGAAGCCUUUUGGAGGGGAGGGGCCAAGAGGCAAGAGCGAGGUCUCAGCCAUCUCCUACAGGGAGGCCCCACGUCCUUGACCCUGGAUGUCUCGGGACAAGGGGUGGCGGUAUGGUCAGAAGGGCAGAUGCCUGGCGGGGAGGGGAGCUGCAUCCAGUGGGAAGUGCUUGAGGGGCUGGGUUUAUCGUUUUCCUGACAGGGAACAGGUGGGUAAUGUGGCUGGGAAACAGAUACAGUGGUACCUCUGGUUAAGUACUUAAUUCGUUCUGGAGGUCCGUUCUUAACCUGAAACUGUUCUUAACCUGAAGCAUCACUUUAACCAAAGGGGGCUCCUGCUGUUGCCGUGCCACCGGAGCACGAUUUCUGUUCUCAUCCUGAAGCAAAGUUCUUAACCCGAGGUACUAUUUCUGGGUUAGCGGAGUCUGUAACCUGAAGCGUAUGUAACCCGAGGUACCACUGUAUACCUUUGAGUUCUGUAAGAGGGAGAGGGAAAUCUCAUUGCAGCUGGAGCGUGGAAUAGGAAAGUCCCGAGAGAGAGAGAGAGAGAGAUAGAGAGAGAGAGAGCGGGCUUGGAAGGGCUGGAGCUCCUCCGGCAGUGGUGUGAGAUGCCAUGACUCUGGCCAAAGAAAGGCUGAAAUCAGGGACUCCUCCUAUUUUAUGCAGCAAAAUGGGAUUGUGUGUGUGUGUGUGUUAGAAGAGUCAUCCACAUCUUUAAUUAAAACCACAGGGAUGGUUAUUAUUUUCGCGGUGUGCUUAAGUUCCAAUUUGGGUUGGUGAACGAGGGGAAGUGCUCUGACCUAAGGGGGCCGGUGGGGCCAGAACAGCCUUGUUCAUGCCCCGUUCCCCUUCCCCAUGAUUUAAUCUCUCCUUCAGCCCCUCCCCAAUACCCCCCCUGAGCCAUCACCCAAGGAGGGCGUGCAAACUGGGGGACUCAAGCCUCCUCGAUGCCCCCCGACCCCUGAGUGGGAGCGACAGCGAGUAAUCCAGCUCUCCUACGCCCUGGCGACAGAGGCUUCGCAGCAGCGGGGGAAGCGCAUCGCAGGUACUAGGAGAGGCAGUGGUGGCUUUCCGGGGUCUGUGGGACGGGAGGGUCAGGUAGUCAGGGGGUGGGACUCAAAUCUAUUUGUCUGAAACAUUUCUAUUCUUUCUUAAUUCUCAACCUCCCCGCCCCCAAAAAAACCCCCAUCUUCCAGCUGCUGCUGGGCCUGAUGGUGUCCCUGCCCUGUCUUCUACUGGAACGCAACAAUAGCAGUAAAUGCCAAGCAGCCCACUCCAUAAUGUACCGUAUUUUUUGCUCUGUAAGACGCACCUAGUUUUUGGAGGAGGAAAACAAGAAAAAAUAAUAUUCUGAAUCUCAGAAGCCAGAACAGCAAGAGGGAUCGCUGCGCAGCGAUCCCUCUUGCUGUUCUGGCUUCUGGGAUAGCUGCGCAGCCUGUAUUUGCUCCAUAAGAUGUACACACAUUUCCCCUUACUUUUUGGGAGGGGAAAAGUGAGUCUUAGAGAGCAAAAAAUACGGUAUAUGCCAAUAUCUCCUGUUUGCUGUGUACAGAAUUCAAAUGUCCAUGUGGUUGAUGGGAAUUCUUAAUGUCGUCUUUCUCCCCAGGAAGGACCAGCUCUCACUCCUCCCUAGACGAUAUCCCUGUGUCCCAUGAAAGCCUGAACCAUCAUGGCCUCCCCGGUGACAGCCCCUCCAAAGAGCCAGAGCUCCGUGGACCUCUGCUAUCUGAGCAUGACCAAACAGCUGCUCGGAACUCAAGCUGCCACGAUAACUCCAGAAUGGCGAAUCAGGGGGCACCCCACUCAACCAAUCGAGUGCCGGGUGCUUCAGAAGCAUCCGAUUGGCCGCCGCCUCCUCUUCCCAAGGAGGCGGGCCAUUUAAAGCCCAAGACUCUGCAGUUGGAGUCGCACCUGCUGGAACCAGCCAAUGAAGAGCUGCCCCUGGUCAGUGGUCCUCCCUGGGCGGCGCCUUUGCCUCAGCCAACCAGCCAGCACCUGUCUAUCUCCAGAACAGCCAAUUGGGCAUCUGAGCAAAGCCUCGUGGGCGGGCAGGGUGCAGCCAAUGGUAGGUGCCUGAAGUGGAGGAGCGAGAGCCAGUCCCGCCAUGUGGUGGCCUGCCUUGGUGAGACAGCGCAGCCUGUCAGGGUCACCCUGGUAAAAUCCAGCUUUUAGCUCCAGAGGGUGGAGGACCAGGAUUUGGGGGGGGGGGGGGGAGUGAGGAAGCCCUGCUGCGUGGCUCCAUCUUUCUCUAACAGGGACAGGGCAGAAGAAUAAGUUCAGUCCCAUAGAGUUGGCAGGCUCAGAGCGACAGUUUCCAUAGGAAUAUGAGAAGCUGCCUUAUAACAAGUCAUGCCAUUGGUCCAUCUAGCUCAGUACUGUCUACACUGAUUGGCAGCAGCUCUCCUGCAUUUCGGGCAGGGAGUCUUUGCCAGCCCUAUCUGGAAAUGACGAGGAUUGAACCUGGAAACUUCUGCAUAGAAAGCAGAUGCUAUACCACUAAGCUAUGGCCCUUGCAAGUCUUCCACUCCUUUUUUUGUAACUCUCCAACCCUAGAUAGCAUCAUAAAAAAAACUUGUUAUAAAUCCCAGGGAUCAGAACUGCAACACCGCGCCCCCUGCUCAAAGCGCAUGCACUCACACAUAUAUGAACAUGUUACACGUGUCUUUGCGCAGAAGGACAUGAGUCUGGCAAGAUGCACCAUUCCAUCGCUAUCACGCUGACUUGCACACACAAGUUUAGGAGAGUAUCUUCGACGGGGUUCAUUGCUCUCGUCUUCUCCUCCAACAACCUUUGCAGGAUGAGAGUAGUGGGGGACUUAGACAAUGGCAUGACUGUGGAAGCACAGCCGGAAUAUGGGGGUCCUGAAUUCAAAUCCCUGAGGCAGAGUGGCAGAGUUCUCAGUUGUUCCCAGUUUGCCUCAGGAGACCGUGCCUGAGGUCAAGCUACUCGCCCAGUCUCUACAAUGAGUUGGUGGCAGAGAUGCUUCCCUUAAUGCUGUUCUGGACUAUAGCUCCCAUCUGCCCCAGCAGCAUGCUUCUGGUUGGGGUAGAUGGGAAUUGUAGUCCAAAACAGCUGGAGGGCAUCAGGUUGGAGAACGCUGCUCUAGGAUGUGGCAGGUGCAGGUAUUUAUUUAGCCCUUCCCAGGGAGAAGGCCGGGGGAAUAUUUUUUUCCUAAAGAAAUGAAGCAUCUGCGCUUAUAGAUGCAUAACUGCUAGUUUAUGAUAGGAAACACACACUCAGGCGGCCAUAUCCAUUCAUGCCCGUCUUGACACCCUGUUUGCUCCCAUCAGGGGAGCCAACUUGAAUAAAAUAUUGUGGGGGCCCAGGUAAGCCCCGCCCCACAUAAUCAGUCAAAUGAUGCAAUGCUCACACCAUUUGAAUGGGAAUGCCAAUCAACUUUGUUGGGGCCUGGGCCCCCUCAAAUAUUUUAUUGUGGGGGCUGGAGCCCCCACGGCUCCUGGGAGUGGGCUCCUAUGGCUCCCACAGAUUCACAUCCACCCAAGCCCAUUCCCUGAGGCACCCAAUACGGCUAGAGCGCCUUGCUCCAUGCAAAUUCAGCUCUCAAGCUUAAGAACUUCAGAAGUUACUGGCCUACAAAGAUGGUUUAGUUUUCUUGUUCACAAACACCUGUGGUCUUCAUCAGUGCACACGGAUUGUCAUCUUGAAAAAAAGACAACCAAUUCUUUUCUUCCAGUUUACCUUUCCUAGUUGCCUGGAGGUGUUUAGUAAUCGCCACAAGCGAUCAGAGAAGGGGCUUUGUAAAAGCCUGUGCUUUUGCAAGGCCAGUGAAUUUAGAGGGCAAGGUGAACAUCUAGGCAGGCAGAGCAGCUCCCCCCGAAGGUGAGUAGGAAACACAUCAGGUUCAUGGGUCUAGGGAAAUCUGAGUUUCCAGCAUUUAUUAGGCUACAUUUGCACAGGCCCUCCUUUACAGCAGGUGUUCAGGGUUUUCUAAUGCUCCCCAGCCCUUAGGUUGUAUAUUGGGCCAGGGUUUCUUUUUUAAGAAAAAGCACAUGCCAGCAAUCUCCCCCGCUCCGCAAAUAGUGAAUGCAUCCUCUGCCUCUGGGUGAUUCAAGUUCCUAGAAUUGUACAAUGUUGGGUGGGGAGAAAUGAAGGUGUCUAUAAUUGGAAUGUGUACAUUAGGGAAUAAGAAGGGAAAGCAGAAUGUGAAUAGCUUUAAAAGAGGAUCAGACAGAUUCAUAGAGGAGACAGCUAUCUUAUGGCUACUAGCCAUGACAGCUAAGCUUUGCCUCCACAGUCAAAGACAGUGAUGCUUCUGAAUGUCAAUGGCUGGAAAACACAGGAGGGGGAAGCGCUGUGUCACUCACAGGCUUCCGGUUGGUCACUGUGAGAAUGGGAUGCUGAACUGGCUGGGACACUGGCCUGAUCCAGCCGGGCUACUUCUCAUGUAUUUGUGGAAGGGGAACGGUUGGCCGAAGGCAGUGAUGUGAGAGGCACCGUGGAAUGCCUAUCCAAGCCAACGCAGGGGGUGGCGUAUGAAGGUUGAAAAAUUCCUGCUUAAAACAAGGCCCUCGCUUUUAUGCCAGGGCAGCCAGGAUUUGGCAAGGGUUAGGUAAGUGUGGCAGUGUGGGCUGCACAAAGCUAGGCAAGGGCACAUCCUGGAACAAAAUUGCUUGCUGGGGAGUCAGAGAGAGAGACGCAGCUCAGAGGGAAAGGGAGAGUGGAUUGGGCAAGGUGAUGGGGGGGGAAGGGGAAACUGCAAGGGAAGAAGAGGGGUUGUAUCAGAGGAGAAACAGUGGGGAGAAGGACACUGGCUGCUGCAGAAUUUGGAAGGGAGACGGGGGAUUUCAGUUGCUGAGGUGCCCAGAUAAGGUGCCCUGCCAACGCAGGCCGCUGCUCGGUGGGUUAACUGGUGAAUCGUAGCCCUGGUGGGCAGGUCCACUGCUUUGCCAAGGUGCCCUGGCCCCAACACCAGCUCUGUUGCCAGGCUUGUAACCCCACCAAGAAAUGCAACCCCUAACGUUCCUGGAUGGAGACUUCGGCAUGGUGAAUUAACAACCGGAAACCCAAAAUCAGGACUGUGAAAGCAAAAUGCUGCGACCCUGGGCCUGCCCCGGGGAGCUCAAGGGAUGCCGGAGCGACGCAGCUUGAACGAGGGAUCCCUGCGGUAACACCCACCUGCACGUCUGCCAAGGCAACUGCUGCAUCUCAGCGCUUGGGGGGGGGGGGAUUCCCUCUACGAAGACUUGCUUCUCCCCCAAAGGAGGCAGCUUCCACCUCCCUUUGCAUUUUAACACUAGCAGCUGCCUGCUCCCCAUGUGUGAAAGAUUCCAGUUCGUAUACUCAAUAAAAGAUUAACACGAUAUAUA